CAUCUUAUACGACAUUCACGAGGUUCACGAGCUUCCUCAGUUUCUUUUCGCUUUACUGGAUAAGUCGGAAAGAUGGCUACUCGUCUGCUGAAAAUCAGUAGCGCACUGCGCACAUAUACGAAUAAAACCAGUCUUGUUAAGGUACCGAAACAAUGGCGGUCGACAGCUGCCUCUCUGAAAGAAGUGCUCAUCAAUCAGCCGCCUACGAAAGUUACAACUUUGGAUAGUGGAAUGAGAGUUGCCAGUGAAGAUAGCGGAGCUGCAACGGCGACCGUUGGCCUUUGGAUUGAUUCGGGUAGUCGAUUCGAGACCGAUGAGAAUAAUGGUGUUGCUCAUUUCAUGGAGCACAUGGCUUUUAAGGGAACUGCCAAGCGUUCACAAACUGAUUUAGAGCUGGAAAUAGAAAACAUGGGAGCUCACUUGAACGCCUACACGAGUCGAGAGCAGACAGUGUUUUAUGCAAAGUGCCUGUCGCAAGAUGUGCCGAAAGCUAUCGAGAUUCUCAGUGAUAUUAUUAAAAAUUCUAAAUUGGGCGAGAGCGAAAUCGAGAGGGAGCGCGGUGUUAUUCUGCGCGAGAUGCAGGAGGUUGAAACGAAUCUGCAAGAGGUCGUGUUCGAUCACUUGCACGCCGCUGCUUAUCAGGGUACACCCUUGGGACGAACGAUACUCGGGCCUACUAAGAACAUCAAGAGCAUAUCGCGAGACGACCUUAUUAAAUACGUAAAGAAUCAUUAUGGUCCACCUAGAUUUGUUCUGGCCGGUGCUGGUGGCGUAGAUCACAAUCAGUUGAUCGAUCUCGCCCAGAAGCAUUUCGAUGAAAUGAAAGGACCGGAAUAUAACGAGGGAAUUCCGGAAUAUCCUUCUCAACCGUGUCGCUAUACUGGUUCGGAAAUAAGAGUCCGCGAUGACACAAUUCCUCUCGCCCACGUUGCAGUUGCCGUUGAGGGCACUGGGUGGGCUGACGCGGACAACAUUCCCCUUAUGGUUGCAAAUACUCUCGUGGGAGCGUGGGAUCGCAGCCAGGGUGGAGGUGUAAAUAACACGAGCAAUUUGGCCAAGGUUUGCGCGGAGCAGGGCUUGUGUCACAGUUACCAGAGCUUUAAUACGUGCUACAAGGAUACAGGACUGUGGGGUGUAUAUUUUGUUUGUGAUCCCAUGCAAUGCGAAAGCAUGAUGUCUUACGUCCAACAUGAAUGGAUGAGAGUGUGCUCGACAGUUUCCGAGAAAGAAGUAACUCGUGCGAAGAAUAUCCUCAAAACUAAUAUGUUCUUGCAGUUGGACGGCACUACUGCCAUUUGCGAAGACAUUGGCCGUCAAAUGUUGUGUUAUAAUCGCCGUAUCCCACUUCACGAGCUCGAGGCGAGGAUAGAUAGAGUAACUGUCGAAACUAUUCACAACAUUGGCAUGAAGUACAUUUACGAUCACUGUCCGGUGGUCGCAGCAGUUGGCCCCGUCGAGAAUUUGUCGGAUUACAAUAACAUUCGUAACGCCAUGUACUGGCUCAGGAUGUAAUCGCGUCGAAACAUUGGUGGUCGAUCAAUUUUAGCACAUCAAUUAGAGAUGAAAUAAAACUACGAUACACAUAUGUUCGUUUCACGUCUUACGAGAUACAUCUAUAUAUUGAUGAUACUUAACUGCGAAUACAGUUGUUGAUAAUAUAUAAAUAUUCUACCUUCCCCCUCAUAUGAGAUUGUAGUUUUAUUUUGCGAAAACACAUUUGCGAAGCAAGUGCUCGCACGUGUAUUGCCUGGCGAAAAUAAACAGUCAAAAUUUCGAAUAAUUUCUCGAUAUUAUGUUUACCGCACAUAUUUAAUAAAUAAGAAAUAUGAAAUCUGCAGAAAUUAAAUUGAUAUUGUUACAAGUUUAAUUAAAUUGAUAUUAAACGCAUUAAACGCUCUGCAAAAUGUGUAUUACUUUACUAAAUUUGUCUUUAUAUAUUUGAAAGAUGAACUGUUAUGUAUAAAUUAUAGAACAAUAUGGUAAAUGAUAAUAAAACAGCUUUGCUUUCUGAUUGUUUCUGA